UACGGCCAUUCGUGUUAACCUUAUUCUGAACGAAGUUGAUUCGAAGAUAAACAUGAGAAAUCUACAUUUAUUUUUUGUUGUGCUUUGUAAUUUGCAAGUAUUUCAGACUGCAGAAACACAAUGCACUCUAGACGCCUGCGAAGUGUUCGAAAUAUUAACUCAAAGUCACAACAAGGCUAUGCCACCGUCAAAUUCGAGCCCUUGCACCGCAGACAUACAUUGGCGUCAACUGGAUAGACGACUUAGAGCUAUUGAACAGCCAGCAUGGACAAUAAGCUUUAGUCAAUCUCGCUGGCGGCAAUGUGCGAAGAGUCCAUGCCGAUGCGACGCGACGCGCCGGUCACUUAACUGCUGGAGGGCUGGCUUAACAUCUCUUACUACCGACCUCGUCGUUCCUGCCGAUCUACUGACUAUCGAUCUGGGCACUAACAAAUUGAGGACAUUGCAUAAGACUACGUUCAAGGGCAUGCGCUCGCUCGCCGAGCUGGACAUGUUUGACAACCACGUUGAAUAUCUCCCAGCUGGAAUAUUCGACUCACUUAUUAAUUUGAGAAUACUGCGACUACAAAGAAAUUACCUGGAAGAAAUUGAUAGCGGAGCGUUCAGUACAACGAAGAAACUUUUUCACGUCGACUUGUCGAAUAAUUAUUUAUACACUCUGCCAGAAAGGUUGUUCGCAAACAACUCUUAUUUGGAGACUAUUGACGUAUCCAACAAUCACGUUAUGUAUGUUCCAUCAGACAGCUUCAUAGGAUUGGAUUCAUUGCAAAUAUUGGAUCUAUCUAGAAAUAAAAUACAAAGAAUUGAAAAUGGGACGUUUUCAUUGAAAACACUCCAAAUAUUAAAGUUAUCCGACAAUCAAAUACGUAACAUAAGCGAGAACGCUUUCGAGGACUUAGUUUCUAUGGAAACAUUAUUAUUUGAUCAUAACAAGUUACAACACAUUCCGCCUCACCUGUUUCGUAAUCUUCAUUGUCUCACGUUCUUGGAUUUGUCUCAUAACAAUUUGUUAAGUUUGACGGGCGUUGAAUUUGAAUAUCUGACGCUGCUCCGUAAUUUGGACUUAAAAGAAAAUUCGUUAUCACAGCUCCCCGAUCACACAUUUUCAAAUUGUUCAAGCUUGGAGAAAUUAGAUUUAUCUAGAAACAAACUCCGUUUUCUUAAUGUCACUGUAUUUCUUGGCUUGGAGAAUUUGACUUCGUUACUAUUGUCAGAGAAUAAAUUAUAUGAAGUUCAUUUCAAAGCCUUCUCUACGCUUAAAAACUUGACAACACUAUACCUAGAUAAUAACAUGUUUCCAUCGCUCCCAUCGCGCACGUUGGAUUAUAUGCCGAAGUUGGCCGUCGUCAAACUGUCAGGCAAUCCGUGGCAUUGCGACUGUCACGCCCUCUACAUCUCUGCAUGGGUUCGUCUUAACGAAAUGAAAAUAUGGGAUUAUUCUCCGACGUGUGUGUCUCCAUGGUAUCUCGAGGGUCAUUUUCUGAAGAAGUUGAAGUUCCCCGAACUCUGCGCCGGACAGUGGGCCAGUAUGGUGAACCUAUCACCACGCUUGCCAAUACAACAGCUCUUAGCCCUAAACGUGUCGGUGAAUAGAAAACCACAAGACAGUAUGGAACAGAACCAUGACGUCACCACUAUCGACACGUGGCAUUAAAUGUCACAUAUUAAUCUAUUCCUACUAACGGUCGCCUGGCGGACUAAAGGGACUGCAAUUCAUUAAAAUAAUAUAAUAAUAAUAAUAUCAGCCCUGUAUUAUAAUAUACAUUCCACU